AUGGAAGGCGUCCUCGACGUGAUUCCGAGAUCCAUGGCCGGUUGGUUUGUGGUUGCCCGCGUAACAGAGCCCGCUGCUCCAACAUUGGGGAGUCUGAAAGGCCCUAGGCUGGUUGAAGGCCCGAAGGGUGUGGUCGACGUUGUGUGGAGUGCGAAUGGGGCACUGCUCCUUGAACUCAAUCUGGAAUUGUUGCUCGGUGUCGUGGAGGGCAGAGAUAGGAUUGUUGUCGUUGCACUGGUGCCCGAGGAUGGGGCCAAGGUUUCACUGGUAGCUAUUGGACUGUUCGUCAUGUUGCCUCCGAUAGAAGCAAUGCCGUGGGAGAUGGAUGACGCGGAUACAACAGAUGGGUCGUCUGAUGAUAGCUGGGCACUAGGGCCCGAUGGCGGUUGGGUUGGAGACAAGAUCAGAGAAUUGGUGGUGGACCGCGUGGAGGUUGCCUUAGAAGUCGUGGCUGGGGAGAAGGUCGCAGACGACGAGGGCAUUAAUCGGGUACUUUCUCCAAUUGGUGGUUGGGUCAGAGUGGAAUUUAGAGGUGCGUCGAAGCUUGCAGUGGACGUUCUCCUGAUAGUCGUUGAGCUGGUGGACGGUAAAGCAGGCACGGAGGUAGCCGGGACAGUGGAGGGAUUUGAAGGCCUCGAAGUGGUCAUGAUUGAUACCCUGUCGCCACCAGAUAUCGGCGCAUUGGCGCUCCUUAGCGUCCCGGCCCGAGAGAUCGACGUGUCUGCAGUUGUUUCGCGGCCGGGACUUGAUGACGAUCUAGAGCUAGAUGUCGAGGUUGUCGAGGGUAGUAUGUUCAUGCGUAUGGUUUUGGGAUCUGCAGGAGAGUCAGCACUCAAGCUAAUGGGCAAUGACAUUCCAAUCACCAGAUGCAAUGAAUACCACAUUCAAAGUGAUGCUUAG